CCGGAGGCCGAAGCAGAGUGGCAACAGUACAAAACUGGAGCCAAGAAAGCUCCCAUCCACACUUACAUCCUCGGAGCAGCGAGCCAGGACACGGCGAAGAGUUUCUCCAGCGCUGAAGGCGGCGAGCUGGCUGACAACAUCACGUAUCUGGGAAGGCGCGGCGUGUUUACAGGCGUGUCGGGAUUACAGAUAGCCUACGUCAGCGGCCGGGAGGCGCUGCAGGAGCCGGCCCCCGCUCACUGCUUCACAUCCAAAGAUCUGUCGGCCCUCGUGGCCCCGCUGACCAGCAGCUCCAAGUUCAGAGGAGUCGACAUCCUGCUGACGUCACAGUGGCCCCGAGGAGUGUGGCACUACGGAAACAACCCGGAAGUGAACACAAAGUUCUGCGGGAGCAGCUCCGUCGCUAAACUUGCCGACCACCUGAAACCAAGAUACCACUUUGCUGCACUAGAGGGCGCUCACUACGAAAGACCUCCUUUCAGGAAUCAUGUUAUUCUCCAGGAAAAUGCUCAGCACGUCAGCCGCUUCAUCGCCCUGGCAACCGUCAACAACCCCGCCAAGCAGAAGUAUUUGUACGCCUUCAACAUAAUCCCCAUGAAGACCAUGGUGGCAUCAGAGCUGGUGAAGCAGCCGCAGGACGUGACAGAAAACCCCUACAGGUUCUCCACCAAAGACAAGACGGGCAAACAAAAGACGGGCUUCAGCACCGAGGAGGAGGAGGAGCCGGCCCAUCAGUUCUUCUUUGACCUGAGCAACAAGCAGGGCGGGGGCUUUCGGGGCCGCGGCAGGAAGAGACACACAGACGGAGAAGGACGAGGACAAGACCAGCAGCGCGACGGAGGAGAUCACCAUGGACAGCACAAGCAGCCGCGCCGGCCCCCUCAGCCCACCGGUCCCUGCUGGUUCUGCCUGGCCAGCCCUCAGGUGGAGAAACAUCUGGUCAUCAGCAUAGGAACACAUUGUUACCUGGCGCUGGCUAAAGGCAGCCUGACUCCUCAACACAUGCUGAUCCUGCCCAUCGGUCACUACCAGUCUGUGGUGGAGCUGAGCGCAGAGGUGGUGCUGGAGAUGGACAAGUACAAGACGGCCCUGAAGAGCUUCUACAAGAGCAAAGGAGAGCGCUGUGUGCUGUUUGAGAGGAACUACAGGAGCCAACACCUGCAGCUGCAGGUCGUCCCGGUGCCGCUGAAUCGCUGCACCACCGAGGACAUCAAGGAGGCGUUCAUGGUCCAGGCUCAGGAACAGCAGAUGGAGCUGAUGGAGAUUCCUGAACACACCGACCUCAAACAGAUUGCUCCUCCAGGGACUCCGUACUUCUACGUGGAGUUGGACACGGGGGAGAAGCUCUACUAUCGCAUCCACAAACAUUUCCCUCUGCAGUUCGGAAGGGAGGUUCUGGCCAGCGAGGCGAUGCUGAACAUCCCGACUCGAGCUGACUGGAGGGAGUGUAAACAGAGCAGAGAGGAGGAGGAGGAGAGCUGCAAAAAGCUGAGAGACGACUUCAAGCCAUACGACUUCGCCUUGGAAGACUAACACACACACACACACACACACAAUAGUAUAAAGGAAUAGUUUGCCUGUAUGCUUUCUGCCGUUGGAGGAUGGAGGUCUACUAUUCCUUUAAAUCAGCUUAUUGGUGUUUUCGUACCAGUGUUUUCUUUUUUAAUACUAUUUGACAGUUGUUGCUGGUGAAAGUGCGGAGGCAACCGUUUUAUAAGUAAGGAUUGUGAAAGCCUCAGUUUCUUAACGAGUUUACAUUUUUUUACAUUUCUUUUCUUGAAUUCGGUUAAAAUUCUUCGGGAUGUGUAGAAAGGUUUGCAAACAGCUGUCUGUUGGUUUGAGAAGAUGUUUAUUAUUCCUGAUAGAUAAAGGACAAAAGAAAAAUCCACUUCCUGUUUGUGCUCCUUCACAAUAAAAGCUGAAAUCAAUAGACACUGAAAACAGCUAAGCAACUUUUUCUACAGAUUACAUGGAGGCUCUUUUGUUUUAACCUCCACUCUGGGGGGAACUUUGUUUUUAAAUGUAUUUUGUAAUUUAAAGUACAAUAAAACUCUUAUUUUGGGA